UCAGUGGUGCAUGACAUUUGAGGCCAAACAUCACUAUUUUACACAACUGGCUCAUGGAAUGAAGAACUUCAAGAACCUGUCCAAGACUUUGGCAAUAGGGCAUCAACGUCUUCAGUGCUAUUGGUUGUGUGAAGAAGAUGCCUAUUUGAAACCAGUCGAAGAAACUGGAUCAGGUUCAACUAUCGAACUAAAAGAAAUUUCACCUGAGAAAUAUCUUAGUCUUUCUCGUAUCUGUGAUUUUUUCACUCCAGAGACAAAGGUGUACAUGGCUAAUUGGAUAUCAAUUCAUGGAGUCAAGUACCACAAACGAGCUGCACUUGUGUAUAAGCAAUCAAUACUGCCGUGUAUCUUGAUAAUCGAAGAUAUAGUCAUUGCUAAUGGGGAUGCAUUUUUUAUUUGUAAACAAUGCAUACAUUGA